ACACCUUGUUUGAGCUGUCGCACGCAAGCUCCUCCUGUCAUCCAUAACUGUGGCAACCGCCUCCUUCAGCUGUAAACCUGUGAGAAAAACGGCAGGACAGUUGUGAAACAGAGUUGUAGCUGGAAUCUUCUCCGGGUUAUAUUUGCUUUGUUUGAAUCAGUGCAUUAUUCUAACCAUGCCUGAGAAGAAGCCUUUUGAGCGAUUGCCCACUACUGUAAUCCCGAUCAACUAUGGGCUCAGCCUGAAGCCAGAUUUGAUCGACUUGACGUUUGAGGGCAAGCUAGAGGCCAGCGUAAAGGUGGAAAUUGCUACAAGUCAGGUAGUCAUGAAUUGUGCUGACAUUGACAUCAUUACAGCAUCUUUUACUCCAGAAGGAGGGGAAGAAAUACAGGCAACAGGCUUCAACUAUCAGAAUGAAGAUGAAAAGGUCACUCUGUCAUUUCCUAGUUCUCUUCGCAAAGGUCCUGGUACUUUGAAAAUUGAUUUUGUGGGUGAACUUAAUGAUAAAAUGAAAGGAUUUUACAGAAGCAAAUAUACAACACCAUCAGGAGAUGUUCGCAUUGCUGCAGUUACACAGUUUGAGGUAGCGGCUAAGACUAUACCUUUUUACAAUGACUACUUCUUGGUGCCUUAUCCACUUCCUAAAAUUGAUCUGAUAGCUAUUGCCGAUUUUGCAGCUGGUGCCAUGGAGAACUGGGGCCUUGUGACAUACAGGGAAACUGCUUUACUUAUUGAUCCCAAAAACUCCUGCUCUUCUUCUCGACAGUGGGUAGCUCUGGUUGUGGGACAUGAGCUUGCACAUCAGUGGUUUGGCAACCUUGUCACCAUGGAGUGGUGGACCCACCUCUGGCUGAAUGAAGGCUUUGCCUCUUGGAUAGAGUAUUUGUGUGUGGAUCACUGUUUUCCAGAGUACGACAUUUGGACACAGUUUGUCUCUUCAGACUACACGCGAGCACUGGAAUUAGAUGCUUUAAAUAACAGCCAUCCAAUUGAGGUGAAUGUGGGACAUCCCUCAGAAGUAGAUGAAAUAUUUGAUGCCAUUUCAUACAGUAAAGGUGCAUCAGUGAUUAGAAUGCUUCACGACUACAUUGGAGAUGCGGAUUUCAGGUUGGGCAUGAAACUGUAUCUCACAAAGUUUCAACACAGAAAUGCGAAGACAGAGGACCUGUGGGCCAGCCUAGAAGAAGCAAGUAAGAAGCCAAUUGGUGCAAUGAUGAGCACCUGGACCAAGCAGAUGGGAUUUCCUCUGAUUUGUGUGAAAGAGGAACAACAUGGUGAUAACAGAGUACUUACAUUGACCCAGAAGAAGUUUUGUGCCGGCGGACCUUUUACUGGUAAUGAUGGUCCUUUGUGGAUGAUUCCAGUUGCAAUUUCUACCAGUGAAGCACCAAGUUCUGCCAAAAUAACUGUGAUGCUGGAUGAACGAACCAAAACUGUAGAGCUGAAAAACGUAAAACCAGAAGAGUGGGUUAAGUUAAAUCCAGGCACACUGGGUUUCUACCGAGUGCAGUACAGCUCAGAAAUGUUGGAACGUUUACUACCAGGAAUUCGAAAUCUGUCGUUGCUACCUGUGGAUCGACUGAGUUUACAGAAUGACCUGUUCUCUCUGGCUCGGGCUGGACUUGUCAGUACUGUUGAAGCUCUCAAGGUUAUGGAAGCUUUUGUGAAUGAACCUAAUUAUACAGUGUGGAGUGACCUGAGCUGUAAUCUGGGGACUCUGUCUACAUUACUGUCCAACACUGAAUUCCAGGAUGAAAUUCUAGACUUUAUUAGGGAUCUCUUUGAACCCAUUGGAAGCAAGCUUGGCUGGGACCCCAAAGAAGGAGAGGGCCACAUGGAAGAGCUUCUCCGAUCUUUGGUUCUUCAAAAACUGGGUAAUGCAGGCCAUUCAGCAACCUUGAACGAGCAUCGGGCGGAGUUCACCCAGCAUUAUUUUGGAAAAACAUUUAACUAUAUUAUGUCGUCGGAUACUCAGACUCCAGUAUAUGUAACAGUAUUGAAACAUGGAGAUGCUGCUAUAUUAGAUGCUAUGCUAAAGCUUCACAAACAAGCAGAUAUGUCUGAAGAAAGGAACAGAAUAGAGCGAGUACUUGGAGCCAUCCCUGUACCAGAACUCAUUGAAAAGGUCCUCACUUUUGCACUUUCAGAAGAGGUACGCCCUCAGGAUACAGUUUCAGUAAUUGGUGGAGUGGCAGGAGGAAGCAUGCAUGGAAAAAGAGCUGCCUGGAACUUUCUUCAGCAAAACUGGGAUGAACUACAUAGCCGCUACCAAGGAGGAUUCUUAAUGGCAAGGCUUAUAAAGCUAACAGUUGAAGGAUUUGCUGUUGAGAAGAUGGCAAGUGAAGUCAAGGACUUUUUUGACGUCCAUGAAGCACCCUCAGCUGAACGCGCUAUACAGCAAUGUUGUGAAAAUAUCCUGCUGAAUGCAGCUUGGCUCAAAAGGGAUGCGAAUGACAUUCAACUUUAUCUAAAACAGAGGAAACUCUCAACACCACCUACAACUGAAAAGUGAACAUGUGUUGGAACUGUUUAUAACCUGACAGCCUUAUCUGAAAUAGAGAAGGACAAAUUGAAUAGCUAAUUUACAGUGAAAAGCCAUGUCAUUUCUCCAAACAAAACAAAAAAAAAAAAAAGCCAAUUGGACAAUGAAUGUAGUUAAUUAUAUCCUGCUCAAACAAGACAGAAUGUGCAGUACAGUAGGGUGCAUUUCAAGACUACGUAAUAGGACUUCAGGGAAAAGUUGUUUUAAAUGUCACUGAGCUCAACCUUGUUAUUCACUAAGCUGAGUCUCUUAGUAAAAGGUGGCGCCUAUAAAUAAAGUGCAGACCUGAAGAGAGGAAGUGCUUGAAGUAAUGAGGGACCCUCUGUCUUUGUUAGUGCCACCCUCUGAAAGGUCUGUAGCAAGAAGGGAUCAACACACAGUAUAAAAAGCUGUACACCUGUGAGUGCUUUGGCUUAGUGCAUGUAAGUGAUUGAAGUGAAAUGAGGUUUAUUGCUGAGAACGGUUAAGCAGGAACAUGGCAGAUAACUAGUGCAAGUUUUAAGGAGAAUUCUCCUGGGAUAUGCGGAAGAUGCUAUCAUAUAUGAGCCACAUGUAAACUGAUUAAUUUUACUUGACAGUGGAUUAAGGAGUUAUAUAAAAAGUCAAAUAGGUUUUUCAUUCAUUAAUGAUUAAUAUGUCACUUUUGAAUGGAAAAUUUCAUGCCAUUAGGACGUUAUUUUAAUUAUUUUUAUUUAAAUUUGACACAGUGACAAAUUCAGUAGCUUUAAAAUGUUAACAGUCUUACUGCAUUUUUGAUGUAAACAGUUGCCUGUGUCCUGCAGGACUGUAUGUUUGCUUAAAAUUUUCUGGUCAUAUUUCCCCAUUUUAUUGAAGCCUUUUCUGAUAUGUUCAACCUUUUUUCUUUAGUACCAACAUCUUUAAGUGUGACUUAAUUAUAUUCCAACAAAUUGCUAAUGUCCAUGUCGCAAUGCAGUACAUCCCUGCUACAUUUGUUGUGCUACCAUUUCAGUGAAAUAAAUUUGCUGUUAAUGAA